AAGCUAAGAAAUAAUCCAUUGUUAUUUUCAGUCAUCAACUCCACGCCCGACGACACAUAUGCUGUGACAGAAUGGUUUUACUCGAGAAUGAUGCGUUUUUGAGUGAACUCACGAGACUGUUUGACAAGUCACGGCUGUCGGGUUCCGUCGUGUUAACAAUUAAAAGAUAUAAUGGACACAAUAGACCUGUGCCCAGGGAAGGCAAGCCACCUCUACCGAAGCCCAGCGAGUACCUCUGUCUAGUCAGGGCGACGUUACGUUCCAAAAAAAUAUCUACUGUUAUUCAUUCCAAGGAUGUCAACAAAUUCCAGCAGGCAUAUUGGAAUCUCCUCAAAUCCAACAUAAAUGGACUGAAGAAAUUGAAAAAAGUCAAGUCAGCAAAACCGAAAGCCACUUGAGUUUAUAUUUAUUUUCUAACGUUAAUUAAAGAACUAUAUCAAUCUACAAAUUUUUUAUAAUUCACCACAAAUCAUCGAGGGAUGAGUCACGUACGUUUUUCAUGUACAUAGGGACGAGCAAGAUUUAUUUAAAAAUCUCCCUCGAUAUAAAUAAAUCAAAUGAAUGAGAGUAUUUUAUUCAA